AAACAAAGAUAUGAGGAUCUUCACAAAGCUCUCUGCACCACUCUGCCUCCUUUUUGUCUUCCUCUGUCUUAAAACUGCCUUCUCAUCCUCUAUACAUGCUUCUUCCUUCUCAACAACGCAUCUCUGCUCUCAUGAGGAGGCUCUUGCUUUGCUGCAAUUCAAGACAUCCUUCUCCCUGUGAUAAUGUCACAGGCCAUGUAAUUGCUCUUAAUCUCAGCUGCAGUUUCCUUUCUGGCACCUUUCCUUCCAACAGCACUCUUUUCUUCCUCAGAAACCUGCAGAGCCUCAAUCUUGCUGUGAAUGAUUUUAGGCAUUCCAAGAUUCCAUCGGAAAUCAGUCAGUUUACUAGACUAAAGCAUCUUGAUGUCUCUUAUUCUCUGUUUUCGGGCCAAGUUCCGAGAGAAAUUGCUCACCUCCCCAAGUUAGUUUCUCUCAAUCUCUCCAAUUUUGCCUUGAUCCUUGAAACAACGACCUUCAAAAAUCUUGUUCAUAACUUGAGUGAGGUGAGAGAACUUGUGCUUCUUGGAGUGAACAUGACAUCUGUUAAUCCUCGUUUAUUCAUGAAUCUCUCUUCUUCAUUGACUACUCUUGAUCUUUGGGAGAGUGUGUUAGGCAGAAACUUUCCAAACAGUAUUUUCCGCUUCCCAAAUCUCAAGAGAUUUAGUUUAGGUGGAAAUAGAUUUAGUUUAAGUGGAAAGGGAAACCUCACUAUUGAUCUUCCAAGUUCCAAUUGGAGCAGUCCUCUCCAACAUUUGUAUUUAUCUGUCAUGGAUUGCGGAAGGCGAUUGCCGGAGUCUAUAGGAGAUCUAAAGUCAUUACAGUCUCUGGGUCUUCUUGACUGCAACUUGGAAGGUUCCAUUCCAGCAUCCAUAGGUUCCAUAGUUAACUUAAGGCAACUUACUAGCCUAUCCCUCUCUUCUAACAAUCUUAACGGACAAAUCCCACCAUCACUUGCAAACCUCACCCAACUUACCUUUCUUGACCUUUCCGAUAAUCAGUUUUCUGGUCCCAUUCCUUUUCAUGCAAGUAGACAUUCAAAUGGUCUGCAAAGCCUAGUGCUGUCCAAAAAUAGCAUUCGUGGAAAUAUUCCCGAAUGGAUAUGUGAAAAGGAUGAUCUCGAAAUUCUUGACCUUUCUCAUAACAAUUUAUUCGGGAAGAUUCCCAAUUGUCUUUCUAAGUCUCUCUCAGUGUUGAAUUUGCGGGCCAAUUACUUUGAUGGAAAUAUUCCCAAAUGGAUAUGUGAAAAGGAUGAUCUCGAAAUUCUUGACCUUUCUCAUAACAAUUUAAUGAAGGAGAUUCCAAAGUGUCUUCCUAAAUCUCUCAGAGUGUUGAAUUUACAAGCCAAUUACUUUGAUGGAAAUAUACCAUUUUGGUUUCCAGAGGACUGUGGAUUACAAAAUCUCAACUUACAUGGAAAUCAAAUGGACGGGCUAUUACCAAGGUCUUUGGUGAAUUGUAGCAUGUUAGAGGUUCUAGACGUCGGCAACAACAGCAUAGAGGAUUCAUUUCCUCAUUGGUUGGAAUCUCUACCACACCUUCAAGUGCUUCUCUUAAGGUCCAACAAGUUCCAUGGUUCUGUCCAGAGCACCAAAGAAAGUCCAUCUUUUCCCAAGUUACGAGUUCUUGACCUCUCCAACAAUGAUUUCCUUGGUCCUUUGCCUCUUCGGAGUCAAUUCUUAUCAAUAUUCACUGGUUGUGACAUGGAAGGGAUUCGAGUAUGAGCUGCAGAAAAUCUUGACCGUAUUCAGUAGUAUUCAUCUCUCAAAAAACAUGUUUGAGGGAG